AAUGAUACCGGGCGGAUGGCUUCGUUGGUGGUCAUAAGGAUAAUAAGAAUAAAUAAUGCGGAAUUCCCUGGCACCCGUUUGGGUUUUCCGGCGCUGCUGCUGCCCACGGUUAACAGAGGUCAUUGGCACCCGGAUUUAAACCAGUGCGACGGCACGCCUCAGCUCCCAUCUCACCGUGCCUUGCAGAGGGGAAUUAGAGGGCUGGAAGACAUUUUGCUGAUUAAUUCAAAAUUAAGCAGCAAGAAGGCCACAACUUUACAGACGGUUAAGGUGCCAAGGAGCAAUGUUUUGGACCGAGUACAGAGCUUUUUACCACAGAUGGCCCAGGCAAAUGAUGAGCUCAAAAGAAAAAUGGUAACAGCACCUACUCAUCAGUUUGAUAUUGAACAUCUAGACAGUGAAACAGAAGAAGUUAUAGAAAUGAAUGUGGCUGUAGUUGAACUGAGUGAUUCUGAUACAGAUGAGGAGUCGCUGACUUCAGAAGAUGACUCAGAAUCUGAUGAAGAUGACUCUGUAACUGAUGAAGUGACAGUAGACAACAUUAAGUUUCCUAAACAAAAGGGAGAAAAGGGCAAAAUAGAAAUUUUGGACAGCAAAGCAAAUGAGUAAAUCCAUUUUAUUUUACUUUUAAAAACCCCAAACCAACCAAAUCAUGUUUUUUCACUUCAAAGAGUUGUCCUUUAAACCACUUUGUUUCCCAGUGUAGCAUCUCUCAGGAUCCCAUGAAAUGCUAUAGUUUACAUGGUGGAGAAUUCAGGAUCCGCUCAUGGCUGGGGAAGGCUGGGUUUCUGAAGAAUGAAGUGCAGUUUUAUUCAUCAAAUAACAGGGAAAUGCACUUCAUAGUAGAUUACACCAAGAAAGCAGCUAGAGUAAAGGGGCACUUGAAAGUUGAAAAUUCUUGUUCUGUCACUUUGUUCUUUGUUGAAUAAAGAUUUUUUUUAUAGGAAGAUAGAAGUUUUUGCUUCAGGGACAAGAAAGAGUUAACUAGGAAAAAAGCUUUGUUUUCAUAUUCUAUGUACUGUGAAGUGUUAUGUACACUCUCUUCACUAUUAAACAUGAUCUUUAAGUACCCUA